AAUCGCGCGGUCCACUUAAACACAUGUGACUGAUUGUGGACAGAGCCCACUUCACAUUUGGGACCUGCGGCGUUCAGACAUUGAGGCAACGUAUUGAAAACCCUUUUUAUUUGUAUGUAAUAAUGCCUAGAGUCUUUGUUGUCAUGGUAGGCCCAUAUCACUUCCUCCAACCACCUGGUGCUAAAAUGUUCCCACAACACAGUGGUGUCCAGGGUGUGCUGGACCUGAAGGUGUCACCCAUUUCCUGUUGACUUUAGGUGGAGGGAUUUGCCCACGUGUCUGUCCUAAUGUAGUUUCUGUUUAGCCUCUGACCUUACUAUGGUAACGGUCCUGCAGCUGAGGCGUACUGUAUAAAUCCGCCACCUGGGGAGCAUUGACCCACCGUGCAUGUGGCUGCAGAGUCUGAUUGGAAAUCGUGAGGUCUUCUUGUGUUAACGCCCUGAACAUAUGUUUCCAACAAAAAUAUUUUGCUGGUGAAUGUGAAACAUCCCGGGAAUCAUCCAUGACUGAGCCGCCCAGUGCUUUCCAAAGAUCCAUUUGUGUUCUACGUGGGUCAGUUCCUUGUAAUCGGAACCUGUGGGACUAUGGAGACCACUUGUAACGGGACGUACGGGAAGGAAGCCCUAUAAUGUCCUCGUCUGUUUAUUCAAGGAUAAAUUCAGAACACAGUGCUAAACUGCAAGCAAGCAAGAUGUUGGAAGAGGACAUGGAGGUGGCCAUUAAGGUGGUGGUGGUUGGGAACGGUGCCGUUGGUAAAUCAAGUAUGAUUCAGAGGUACUGCAAGGGAAUAUUUACCAAGGAUUAUAAGAAAACCAUCGGCGUGGACUUCCUGGAAAGACAAAUUCAGAUAAAUGAUGAAGAUGUUCGGCUUAUGUUAUGGGACACCGCAGGUCAAGAGGAGUUUGAUGCAAUAACUAAAGCCUAUUACAGGGGUGCCCAAGCCUGUGUGCUGGUAUUUUCUACAACGGAUAGGGAUUCAUUUGAAGCGGUGCCCAGCUGGAAAGAGAAGGUGAUGGCUGAAGUUGGAGAUAUUCCUACUGUUCUUGUUCAAAAUAAAAUUGACCUGCUGGAUGACACAGUUAUUAAGAAUGAAGAAGCCGAGGCCCUGGCAAAAAGGUUAAAACUGCGAUUUUACAGAACGUCUGUUAAGGAAGAUCUGAAUGUUACUGAAGUUUUUAAAUAUUUGGCUGACAAGUAUUUACAAAGGCUAAAACAGCAGAACGCUGAAGACACCGAAAUUUUGCACACUAGCAGCAACAAAAUUGGGGUAUUUAACACUGCAGGCGGUAGUCACUCCGGUCAGAAAUCCAGUGCUAUCAACGGGGGAGAAGUUAUCAACCUAAGGCCAAAUAAACAGAGGACCAAGAAAAGCAAAAGUCCUUUUAGCAGUUGCAUGUUACUCUAAGACUGUAUGGUACAGAUCCGAAAAGGAGAACUUCAAGUCUGGGACUACAGUGCAAUUGACCAGAGGAAUACAGCCAAUUCCAGAGACAACUGUCACUUCUAGCUGAAUUUGAUACCAUCAAGAGGAGCGCAGUGUGGGUUAGGCCACCUAGUGUUGGCCAGGGAAAUUGCAUGUUAUGGUGUACCAACUGAACAAAUGCUGCCCACAUACAGUUCUAUGAAACCUCCACAUUUGUAGUAUUUAUUGGAGAUGAUAUAUUUAACCUUACUAAUUGUAUGGAUGCUUUUUUGCAGCAUCUGUUGGAUACCAAGUCACACACUACAUGGUACUUGUGCAAUAUUCAUCUUGCUCACAAAUCAUUGCCUGAUGUCUGUAAGAAGGUGCAUAUACAGGACGUUUAUAUCCCCAUGAAAUGACAUGUAUGAAAUAAAGGAUCCUCUAUUCAGUUUACAUAGAAAUACUAAUGUGUUUUAAAGAUGUUCAGUCAUAUCUAUGUUUUGGGACCUCACAGGUUGAUGUGCUUUGUGCCAAACUGCUUUGUCGCUAUUAAGUGCUUGAAAAUGUAUUUUUUUUAAAGUUCAUCUCAACUGUUCUAGCCAUCCAGCACACUGUAGGACGCCCAGUUUCAUAUGGCCUUCUGCCACAUACAUCAGCCUCCUGCUGUCUAUUAAGUGGCCUGUUAAUAGGAAACAUUUUUGAAAACCUUUCCAUUUUGGACCUUCUAUCUAGAUUUUACAAAUGUCUUAUUUUAUACACCUUAGGAUACAGGGAGCGUUGGGAGUCUGGUGAAUGAGGCCUUUAUUCAUUCCGGGAUAUGUCUUAUUUUUCUUUUCACAAUUGUCUUCACCUUAUAUUAUACCUUAAAGGGAACCUGUCACCGGGAUUUUGUGUAUAGAGCUGAGGACAUGGUUUGCUAGAUG